UGAACAAGUAUUUCAUCCAGCCCUCCUCCAUCCCGGCGACGCAACGACAAGUUUGCUAGAGCUCCCAUACAUAUCUCCGACUGCCAGCACCACUCCCCAUCAACCUCGCACUCAACAUCAAUAUGUUCUCCUCCACCCUCCUCGUCGCCACCGCCGCCCUCGCCGGCCUCGUCAGCGCACAAACGCUCAACUACACCACCUCCGGGCCCCUCAACAUCACCGCCAGCCAAGUUCCCAUCAGCCAGCGGGACACAUGGUGUAGCUCGCAGAUGAUCACCUGCCCCCAGAUCUGCGGCGGCCAGGCUUACCCCAACACUUGCAACCCCAACGACCUGACCUACGUCUGCACCUGCACCGACGGCUCCCACCCCAACAUCUCCUCCUACCAACAGACCCUCCCCUUCUUCGUCUGCACGCAGUGGAAGGCCAACUGCAUCGAGAACAACGAAAUGGACUUGACCGCCCAGCAGGCCUGCUUGUCCGUCACCUGCGGCUCCAAGAACGCUAGUGCCGUCGGCACCUCCGGCGGCGGCAGCGGCAGCGGCAGCGGCAGCGGCUCCUCGUCCAGCUCCGUCAGCACUUCUUCCGCAACCGCCGCGGCCACCAGCGGAUCGCAGUCCUCCUCCACCUCCAGCUCCAAGGGCCUCGCGGCCGCUACCAACUUCGCAAGCAGCUACGGCACCCAGCUCCUGGCCGGUGGCAUGCUUGCUGCAUUCGGCCUUGCUCUCUAAGCUUGGCCGUUUGCAUCUGUGAUGGGAGGGGGAGCAAGAGGGGAUGCAUGGAUUGUCAUGUCAUGAGUAGGAGGGCUUCCAUGGGGUAUGCGGUUCACGAGGUAACGCGCGCGCGUAGUCUAUUCACGAUGCAUUGUCUGCUAGCAAUUGCUUUCGUCCUGCCGCUUUCCAGCGUGUGGUGGGGCUGGAAAUAUUGUGCCUUUGCAUGC